GGCCGCACCCGAUGGCCUGCGCAGUGCUCAUGCGAUAAGCGUCGAGGUCUUCAGUGUGAGAAAUUGAUGCUGAAUAUAUUUCACAACCAUGUCUAUACAUAAUCUCCCCCGUACCUACCAAAACACUUGGCCCAUAACAACAAGCGAGGGCAAAUUGCGACUCAAGAUACCCGCUUCUAGUAUUAGCGAGAGGGGUCUUAAAGUGACACCUGUUCUCGUCAAUGGACAUUCGCCAUUCGGAGCAGAAAUCGAAGGUAUCGACUGGUCGCGUCCAAUUCCCGAAGGUCUUGUCAAUGAGCUGGUCCAACUUCAAGACAAGUACGCUGUCUUGAUCUUUCGCAACACAGGUUUGGACAACGCACGCCACAUAGCUUUCGCACAGCAACUCGGAAAAGACUUGGAAGUCAAUCCUUUUUUCUUUGGCCGCGAGAAUGAUCGAAUUGGUGAACCAUUCCUAUGGGACGUUGGAAAUAUCAAUCGUGAUGGGACUACCGUGCAGCCGGGACAGCGACGCUGGGAGCACAGUAAGGGCAACGCUCUAUGGCAUACAGACUCAUCAUUCCACAAGCCACGAGCUAAGUACUCUUUGCUUCUUUCCCACGGAAAUCCAGCCAAGGGAGGAUCAUGGACACAUUUUGCAGAUACUCGCGGCGCAUAUGCCGCGUUACCACAAGAUAAAAAGGAUGAGCUAGAAUCUCUCAUUGUGGAACAUGAUCUCUGGCAUUCGCGGAAGCUAGCGUCACCAAAGGCAUUCAAAGAGCCCCUGUGCCACGAAAGAAACCUUGUACCACCUGUGUGCCAUAAGCUGGUGCAAACUGCACCCAGUGGUAACAAGACUCUAUAUCUUGCUGCGCAUGCGAAGAGAAUUAUCGGGAAAAGUUUUGAAGACAGCCAAGAGUUGAUCUGGGAGCUGAUAAGUCACUGUACACAAUCCCAGUUUGUCUUCAGUAUGGAAUGGCUCCAAGGAGGCGACAUGGUAUGGUGGGAUAAUCGGCAGUCUAUGCAUCGUGCCAAUCCCUACACAGAAAGCAUGACAGCCCGCGAUGUGAGGAGGGCUACAGUGAACGAUGAUGGUCCGUUCGCACUAGGGGUUCCUACGCCAAGCAUGUGAAAUAGACGGGAAAAUCGCUGUAUAAGCAUGUCGGUCGACAAAUAGC